GUGCCUAGCCCAUGGACAGCAGGCUAUGGUACUUGGCUUCGAAUUCGAAGAGGGCCAGGUCUCCACGGUGUAUGACAUGAAGACGGUCUUUGAUGAGAUCAAGGGAACCUGGUGCCUCCAGAGGACACCGACUUCGCUCAAGGUGGAUAUCCCGGAUGUGAAGGAGAAGAGCUGGCGCUGCGUGAAGGAGGUGUGUGCCGGCAUGGGUGGCACUGCUCAGGGUCUUGAGGCCAUUGGGUUCAUGAAAGUGGCUGCCCUGGAUAGUAAUCCCCUGAUGUGUGAAACCCUUCAACGGAAUGGAACCCCGGGAGUUAUUUUGGGGGAUGUGUUGGUGGCCGCUGAUAGAGGAGCCCUUCAUCAGACACCAAGCCCUUUGCGAUGCAUGGUGGCCUCAGGGUUUCCUUGCCAACCCCUGUCUAGCCAAGGGGAUAUGAAAGGUCAGGAUGAUACUAGAUCCCAACCCUUCUAUGGCAUGCUCAAAGCGGCUUGGGAACAGCAAUGCAGUGCACUCCUUUUGGAGAAUGUCAAGGGGGCCAUGGACGCCACCUACAUCCAGGAAGGCAUUCAGAAGCUGGCUUGGAGCCUUGGCAUGGACAUCGUGCAGACCGUGCUGAACCUUGACAAGACUUGGCCGUGCCGCAGAACCAGAUGGUGGGCCAUCAUCAAGCCGAUGGAGUACAAGCUCUGUGGCCUCAUUGACCUCCCUGAAGAUCCUCUUCUCAAGACAGUGGGGCAGCUCAUGCCCUUCUGGCCGCAAUGGGACUGGGAGAUUGAGGAGCACUUGCAGCUCACUGAGUAUGAACUGGAGAUCAUGCAAGACCCUCGCUUUGGGAGAGACCUUCGACAGAUCGCCCGGGAUGACGUCGUGCCAUGCUUCUUGCAUAGCUACAGCACCUCGCUGACAGGAUGCCCAUGUGGAUGCAGAAAGACCGGUUUCAGUCACUAUCGAUUGGUGAGGGACGGAGUCCGAGGAUUUUACAUCGUCAGCAUGGUGACUGGUCGACAUCGCUGGCUACAUCCUUGUGAAGCAGCACUACUAUGUGGUCUUGAUCCUCAAAUGAGGCUCCCAGAUGAACUUCGAGCUGGCUUGUGCCUGGUAGGGCGGUGUGCAUCACCCUUGCAGUCUGCCUGGGUUGGAGCGCACUAUCUCGAUGCGGUGCAGAACACAUCCGGUACGCCACAGAAAGCUCUCAUCCUCUACAAGAUGUGGUUGCUUCGUCGAGCUCAUGGCAUGGUUCCAAAGAAAGCGCCAGUACCUCCGCGGCUGAUAGAUGGACAAGAUGGAUCAGAGCUGCUUUUGCAACUUGGAGGACCCACGAAGGUUGCUAACUUUCUGGCCGCUGAACAUCGUCUUCAGGGUGGUGGCAUUCUCUGGAGUCUAGCUGACCUGUAUGGAAAGCUUCCACAGCACUAUGACAUCACCCAAGGAGCAGUAGUGGGAUCUUUGGAAUUGCAACAUCGACCCAAGAGGCAGAGGAAAACCUUUGAGAUGAAAAGCGUAUUGGUGACAGUGGUAGUCAAGCAACUGGAUGGCACCAAGGCCCAAUACUCCAUGGACGUGAUGACGGGCACCUUUGUCUUUGAGGUGAUGAGGAGUGUUCCUGGCUUGCACCACCUCUACUACAAGGGCAUCUUUGACGAUGAAGGAAAUGAGUGGAGAUUGGAUGAAAGGAUCCGGCAGAAGGUAACUUUCGUGCAAUAUCACCUACACCAUGAAGUUUGUGCGUGGGGCCAACAGAGCUUGGGAGAAAAGGGGCUCGGCAAUGAAUGCAUUGACAGAUGUGCCAAACGAAUGCUCUGCGAGAUGAAUCAGGCUGGCAAGAGCAACUUGCUGCAAGUGGCAUGCUGGGACGGAUUGGAUCAUCAAGCACGGCCGGUGAUUCUUCAGUUUGCGGAGAAGGCUCGUAGGAUCUUGGUGGUCCGAACCCUGGCUGUCUCCUUCCAUGCGGAGUAUUCACAGCAGAACCCUCAUACCUGUGGCACUGUUGCACUCAUGCAUUUGGGACAUGCCAUUGGUUACUGGCAGAACCGCAUGCUUCUGGAAGAGAAUGAAUGGCAUGCUCUUCUGCAAAUCGGCAAUGACGGCAGCAUCUAUGGAGGGGGUCGACUUCAAGGAGAUGACCAACUCGUUCUGGAGCUGCGCGACAUCUUGCAUCAUCAUGGAGUUCCAUUGGAGAAGACAGAGGAGAGGGCCACUUUGGCCAUUAAGAAGAUCGGUGAGAGUGCUCUGGCAAAAGCGCUGUCCAGCCGCAAUCCAUGGGCAGCAUUGAAAGCUCUGGGAUCCCAACCGAAAGUCAAUUUCCUGUGGGUCAAGCCAGAUGAGUUGGAAAAGCAGAUCAAAUUCCGUGCCCAUUCCAAGUACAAGGCGGCAGUGUCCGAGAAGAAGAAGGAUGUUGGCCCCUUCUUGCGGGAGGACAAGUCCAUCACUAUGGAUGCCCUGGCGAUUCUCACAGUGGCUCCUGUACCACCCUCGAGCCAGGGAUUGAUGCCGGUCGUGAAUCUUCGGUUCCCGGCGACUUACAUCCCAACCAAAGAGAUUGUGCUCAUUGAGGGGUCAUGGGUCCAGCUUGGGGACUGCUCUGUGAUUCGCAAGCAAGAGACCAGUGUGGCGUCGGUGCAGUCCAUUGACACCAAGACCUUCAAAGUUAUGGUCUGGCGAGAUGAGUGGCAUGGAGCCUGGAAGGAGUUCAUUGUCGCUCCGGUGCGUAAGCUCAUUGUGGUGGUUGAUUUGUGGAACAGAGGAUGGUAUGGAGCCAAAGGCAAACGCACCUCACCUGAGGACGCUGAACAGUUCCAAGUGUUCAUGCGGAUCCCAUGCAUCUGCACGGAUGGCUUGCAGAAUCGAUCGGGCCAAGACGGAAUCUAUUUGGAGCCCAGGAAGGAUGAUGGCAAGGGGCCUGCAGAUGACUUCUCGGUCAUAUGGUUGCCAGGGGCUGAGAAAGCUGAAGCCCUGCAUCGAUUGAAGGUCAGUGACAGAGGUGUUGCACUUGUUCGAUUUGGAUCCAGAUUCGGAAUCAGAGUGCUAUGCCGUGAUGCGGAAGUGGUGCACAAAGAGAUCUACCCGGACAAACCAUAUCAACAGGUGAAUGUCCAGUCCAUCUACGAGCUCCGUCCUGUUCCGCAUGGGGUCCAGACAGCUGGCAUCAGAGAGCUGCUGAAGCAAUGGGGUUGGAAGGCGAAGGUGCUGCAACCCUACAAGGCGGACCAACAUGGACAGGGCUGGCUUGUUGGUGCUGAGACGCCACCUCCCAUGAAUGUCUUUCAGACCAGCAAUGGAGAUGUGUUGGUGACGAUGCACAAGCGGCAGAACCUGGGAAAAGCUGAGCAAGUCGUUUUGGCCCCAACCAAGACCAAGACCUUCCUCAAGAAUACUCCAAGUCGCUCCUCACGAGACAUGGAGAAGGACAAGGAAAAUAUCUUGCCCUGGAGUGGAAUGGAUCCGUGGGGUGGGUACAACAAGUUUCCUGACGGUCUUGACCAAGAUUCUCAGAUGGGCAGAACGUCAAAGAUGGAACGAUUGCAAUCCCAAGUCCAUGAGGUGGUUGAGAGCAGCCUCAAGGAUGCGACGGAGCAACGUUUCAUGAAACUUGAGACGGGCAUCACGGAGCUGCGGGAGCAGAACCAGAAAUUUGAGACCUGGUUUGGUGAGGCGGGCCAAAGCACAGCAGCCCUGCGCCAGGAUGUCAAUGUGCUCACUAGCCAAGUGAGGGAGAACCAACAGAACAUCAAUACCCUGUCGGGAGAAAUUCGCUCAGGAUUUGCCAACCUUGAGGCGCCGGGUCACAGCAAAAUUCGAAUGUGGAUUUUGAUGCUGCUGAGCUUCUUUCUUCGAGGAGUGUAUGCAGACACAUCAGCCAAUUAUGUGGGGAGUGAGAUGCGGCAUGAGGGUGGCUACAUCUCGCAUGUUCCAGAGGUUGCGGGCAUCUACAGAGCUGCAGAUCUUAAGACUGGUUUCUCAGGAAAAGAUCAUGCAGCGGUGAUCUCCCACAGCUUUACGGAUCAGUUCCUGGAGUUUCUCCGACAACGUCAAUUGGCCGUCGAGGCCGCCAAUCAGAUUGCAGCUGAAGGAGAUGAAGAUUCUGAUGAGGAUUGGGAAGAAGAGUUUUAUGGGGAUCGAACUGAAGGAGAUGUCACAGUUCUUCAUGAUCGUGGAGGUGAACGGCAGUGGAGAUUUUAUCGUCCUGAUCCAUUCCAGACUGGUCGAAGCACCACAAUGCAAGUCCAUGUCCAAGCACACCAUACAUUGGAGGAUGUGGAACUGCAGAUUGUUCAGCACUGGGCUGAUCUUCGUUUGCCGACGGCAAGAUGGAGGCUAUUGGUCAUUCACGAGACGAUCACCUCCUCAGUUUAUCUUGAAGAAGGUCAUGAGGCCUAUAUGGUUGAGGUGAACAAUGACCUGCAAGUGGGUCAGGCUCCCAUCAUGUUUGAGUAUCAGUACUGGGACUUGGCGCAGAAUCGGUUCUAUGGUAUCCUAGAACCCAGAGUUCAUUCCAGAUUGAUGAGAGGCAUUUCACUGAUGUUUCGAGAUGUGAGAGGACACGAAUGUCGCACAAGACCAUGCUUUUCCAGUCUCAAUGGCAGUCCUUUGGAGGCCUUUGAAGAGUACACAGUGCAUGGUGGCGACUACAUUGUGGUUAGUGGGAUUAGCUCAGCCAGAGAAACAGUCCGGAUCAUUGGUCACUGGAGCCCAUAUGCUGAAGCUCGAGAUGUUCCCCUUACUCUAGCCUUUGCUCGCAUCAUUGGGCAGAAUAUGCGGACUGAUUUUGUCUCAGCGGAAAAAGGGCAAGCCAAUGCAGUUCUUCUCCAGCGGAACAUGGUGAAGGUCUAUCAUGAUCUUCAAAGGGUCAUGAAUGUGGCGCAAUUUCGCCAAGGAACUCUACUGAUGAUUGCGCCGGCAGAUGGCUAUGAUCCGCUUGAAGUUCACCCAGUACGAAUGAAUGAGGUGCAAUGGGGUGUGCGACGGAGCUUUGAAUUUCCUCUUCUACUGGAAGCGUUGGUGGAAUCUGACAUGCUGGAGCACCAUUGGGAUGGGUACUUUGUGGAACCUCAUCAUACUAUCUUUGUGCUCACAUUGCCGGUCACGCUCAACCCUUUGGACCAAGUGAUCAUGAUACGCCCACCUCAUGAUAUUGUGCCUGAAGUAGCCAUCCUUGCAGAAUUUCGGGUUGAAGGCACGCCACAAGAACAAGACCGGUAUGGGCACUUUGAGAUGGUCAUGGCCUUUGUCCGUUCACCAUCCACCAAAGAUGCACUCUUACGAGCGUUACAUCUGGACCGUGACUGUAAUGACUAUGAUUGCCUGGUCUCCCACAAUGAACGAGUUCUGACGGUUAGUGUCCUCAAGCGACUGGCCCUGUACCUCAAUAUCUUCCUGGCACAUUGCAUCAUUGUCUUGUAUGUUUUGGAUGGGCUCUACUUCGAAUCCAGAGAUGCUUCAAGUGGAAACGACAUCCAAUCAGAGGAAGAGGACGCCAAGGGCAUCGACAUGGUCAUUGCCAAGAAGCCCCACUUGCCAAGUCGGGUCGUGCCAUUGGACGAUGGAAGCUCCAACAUGAAGCUCGUUCCCAAGGACGUGAACUGCAAUGCGUUCCUGGGGCUCCCCUGCCGAUUCGGGCCAGAUCCUCUUCCGCCGGUACUUGGAGGGCCUCGCUACAUUGUGGGCGACUUCAAUCAUGACCUUGAUGCUCUUCGUGGGUGGGCCGUGCUGAGACAUGCAGGGUGGAGAGAUGCUCAAGAGCUGGCUCAUGAGUGGUGGGGCCAAGAAUUCAGUAUGACCUAUCGAAACUCGUCCAUCACUGAUCAUGUCCUAUUGUCUCCUGAGCUGGUCCCGCUGCUGACAGCUGUCAAAUGCUGGAAUUGGUUUGCGGACCAUGCCGGAUUGGGAAUUUGUGUGGACAUCCCCAUUGUUAGGAUGCAACAGCGUGCAUGGCCACUUCCUGCAGAAGUUCCAUGGGAAGCAGUUAGAUAUGAAGAGUGGCGACAAGCUGCACAUAUUCUUCCUGAUACCCAGGCCUUUGGCCCUGAUCAUCGCGUGGCACAAUGGGCUCGGGCCUACGAACUCAGCUUUGAUGGCUACAUGGACACCUCCAUUGGCUCCCUGCCCUCCUCAUGUCGGGGACGUUGUCAGCGAUCUGAGCCUAUUCUGCGAGUAGUGGACUGUCCGAUGGUGAAGCCUUCCCGUCCAGGAGAAGUCCAAGUCAAAACCGACUUCAUUGGAAGGGCAGUACUUCGAUGGUUCCAACAGUUGCGAAGGCUGCAGAGCAUGGUUCAUGCAAAGAAUGCUGACAAGAAUACUCCUGAUGCAAUUGAGUAUCGAAGCUCGCUUUGGAGAGCCAUUCGAAAAGCAAAGGGCUUUGAUGGUACCUUUGAGAGGUGGUGGACGAUGAGACCCACUCAGCUUGCUGGGCUCCCAUAUGAGUUUCCAUCUGAGCCACCCACGGCGGCAUGCUGUAGUGCCAUCUUUGAGGACUUCCACAUCAACUAUCGCAACUUUGAGUCGUGGCAUGCCCGCAGACGCAAACAACUCAUUACGGCUCAGUUCCAAGCCAACACCAACAAGAUUUUCGAGGUCACUCGCAAAGAACCACGGGGUGGAGUCAACUACCUUGAGAAGACUACCACCACUACCAUAUUGGGGAGCUGUGCUGACCAGUCUCAAGUUCAUGUUGACAUUGAGCAUGAUGUUCAACUGCCUGCAACGGUCCAAGCUCAUGAACAUUCGAUCCCAAUUUGCUCCCAAGAGGGACAAGUGAUCACAUUAGAUGGAGAAUGGAUGUUCCAGGAAGGGACAGAAGUGGAGAUUGUGGAACAAGCUGCCACGCCUGAGAAGUUGCAUCGGCAAUUGGUCGACUUUUGGAAGCCACGAUGGUGGAAAGAUCCGCUCCCUACGCCUGAUGAGUGGAGCAGAAUCAUUAACUUUGCCAAAGCGUAUCUUCCGCCGGGCCAAUUGGAUCAUGUGAAUAUCUCUGCAGAAACUUGGAGUGAUAUCAAUCGAAGAUAUGGACCACGGGCCGCCAGAGGUCCGGAUGGGCUCAGUCAUUAUGAGCUUCGGAAGAUGCCAUCACAGUUUCAAAGUGAAUUGGUCAGUAUUCUGAAUCAAUGCGAAGCUGACACUGUUUGGCCAGAGGUGUGGAAGACCGGAUUUGUUCAUUCUCUUGCCAAGAAGGAGGAUGCAGUGCGAGUCAAUGAGUAUAGACCGGAGGUUGCGGAAAUCUGGAUGCUGCUACAAGGUCUUGUCGAACGCAGUGUUCAAGACGGUGAAGAACUCAUGGGAUUUGUCACAGACAUCAAGAAAGCCUUCGAGUCAUUGCCAAGAGAUCCAAUUUUCGAGAUUGCCCAUCAUCUGGGCCUACCUGCUAAGACCCUGCACCUGUGGAGGCACUUCCUGGACACAACCGAACGCAGAUUCUUGGUUCGAGGGGAAGUCAGUGAUGCGGUCAGGUCUAAUCAUGGCUUUCCUGAAGGAUGCUCUUUGUCAUGUGUGGCCAUGUCGAUUGCGGGCAUUACAUUGCACAAAUAUAUGAAUGAGUUCUCUCGGAGAUGCGGAACCAUAUCCUAUGUCGAUAAUCUGGAAUUGCUGGCACGUGCACUUGGCGCUCUUCAACAAGGGGUCAUCACCAUGCAAACCUGGACCGAAAUGUGGAAGCUGGAAUUGGAUCAGGAGAAGUCAUACAUAUGGACCAGUGAAGCUGGGACGCGCAAGGAGGCAAAGAUGCUGGGAUGGAAUGUAGUCAAAUCUGCGAAGGAUCUUGGCGCUCAGCUGAACUAUGGUCGUGCGAAAAGUGUCCAAGCCCAAACUCAAAGGUUCUUGUCCUUGGAAGCCAUCUGGCCAAAGCUUCGGCGUUGCCUUGCUCCAUUGUGGCAGAAACAACGCCUAUUACGACAAGCUCUUUGGCCUAAGGCAUUUUAUGGUAUCUCCAUUUGCACCAUUGGAUGGGCACACAUCAAGUCUUUGCGCACUGAAGCAAUGAAGGCAUUGGGCUUCCAGAUGGCAGGUGCCGCACCAGGUUUACGGCUUGGCAUUCUUUGUCAUGAACAAUGUGAUCCUGGCUUUUACCAAGUUUGGCAGGUCCUGACGACAUUUCGUCGCAUUGCAGGGAAGAGACCUCUGUUUCUGCAGAUGUGGCAUGAUUACAUGGAUCGGUUUGACGGCAGUGCUAAGCAAGGCCCAUUUGCCAAGCUGCUUGAGGUUUGUAAUCAGCUGCGCUGGACCAUUGAUGUGCCGAAAGUGGCAGAUGCAGAUGGUUGCUGGCAUUCUUGGCUGGAUUUGGAUGAGAAGGUGCUCUAUGAGCUGGUGAAAGAUGCAUGGACUUGGAAGAUCUACAUGGAGAUUCAAAAGAGGAAGGACUUUGAGGGCUUGCAGGGGAUUGAUCGACGUGUUCUUCUUCAAGCUCACAGACGAGUACGCCCUCAUGCACUGAACUUGAUUCUACGCCUCCAAGAUGGAUCUUUUGUGGAACCUUCUCAACACACCAAAUAUGACUUGAGCAAGGACAAUGAUCGAGCUGAAUUGAGAGCGGUUAUUGCAGCAGUUCACUAUGCCAUUGAGGUGCAGAAGAACGCGGCGAUUUGGACCGAUAGCACUUUUGCUGCCGAAGGGAUGGUACGACUUCUACAAGACGGAAAUGAUGUGCCUGAUGGACAUUGUGCAGAUGAUUGGGUUGAACUUCAAGGACUUCUCUGUCUUUGUGAGGUACACCUGUGGAUUCACCAUGUACCUGGCCAUGCCAAAUGGGUGGAUCAAGACACUGAUUUCGACAACUGGGCGGCCCGAUGGAAUGAUCGAGCUGAUCGAGAAGCCAACAUGGCGAUGAAGAUGCAUGGAGAUGAACUUCUUUGUUUUCACCGGCAACUUUGUGGACACCAUGAACGAGAACUUUCGGAACUAUGUGCUCUACAAGAACUUCACUUGGAUGUUUUGGAGAAACCCCAACAGAAUCUGGAAGAGGAGGAGCAGAUCGACAGAGGGGAGGAAGGUGGCUAUGACUUGUGGGUUGAGCGAGGUUGCCCCAUGAGUCCGUUACCAUUUGCCAAUCUUCCACAUGGAGAGGAUGAUCGAUUUGCUCCACUGCUGAGAUCUUUUGGACGGGUUUUUGUGACCAAUUUCCUCCAGAUGCUCAAGAAGUGGGAAAGGGAUGAGGCAGCCUUGGUUUGUAAGAUCUCCUUCCUGGAACUUGCGGUGUUUGUAGCCACUGAGGGCAAGAAAUGGGUUCCGAUGCCUCAUCCCCUUCAACCAGGAUGCUGGCAAGAUCGAGAUGCCUUCAACUUCUCUGAGCCCAAUUUGGGUGCAUUGGUCAGGCUCGUGAAGGCCUUCUUCCUGUUAUUGAACGGCCAACUUGAAGACUAUUUGAACUAUUUGGUCAACUGUGUUUUCUUCAUGAG